AUGAUGCGCAAGUUCGCAAGAGAUCAGGACUUGGACGACCUAGAAUUCCCGUGCGAAUACAGUGAUCAACUGCAGCCACUGAUUUCGAAAGUCCGAGGAAGCACUAAGACCCAGGUACCCAGUAUCGAUUGCAAGAAGAUAUUGAGUCUUUUAAAGUUAAGCGAAGGCAACAUUGAUAUAGCAAACGAAAUUUGGUAUUCUGUUGACUGUUUUUCAUUUGGACCUCCUCAUGUUAUUGGUUGCUUGGACGAUGAUGAUUUGCGAUACCUCACAGACGUGUAUCGAUUGUUCUUUCCAGAUGCUUUAGAUAUAACAAUUCCAUGUUUAUACGAUCAGUAUGUAUCACUAGAAUGCGCAGGUGAAAGAUUUGGCUCCCGGUUUUCAAGACUAAACCGAUGUUUGUUUGUUCUCGCUAAGUGGGCAGGUCCAUUUGAUGGGGAAGUUGACAUGCAGUUGACAGAUAUUCGUCCUGGUGUCGUCAUGCAUUUUGUAAAGCAGUCUGUGUCCGUCGACGGCAAAUGGUACGUGUUUUCCUUUGCAAGAGUUGACUGGUAUCAUCGUUAUCCUGACAGAUUCCUCUGCCGUCCUGAAGAGCCAUUUGCUGAGGUUUGGUGUGCCAAUCAAUUUGAUACCUUUGGUGCAGCAUCAUUUAUGCCUGUCCAGCGCAUACUAGGUAAAUUUGUCCCUGGUUAUGACAGAGUGAAUGAUGAAAAUGUUAUGUUUGUAAUGCCUCUAGGGGAGAAAUUCAAGAUGUAG